AUGCCGCCGCAAAAGAAGGUUCUUCUCAAGGUCAUCAUCCUCGGAGACAGCGGUGUCGGCAAGACCUCGCUCAUGAACCAAUAUGUCAACAAGAAGUUCAGCGCCUCCUACAAAGCCACCAUCGGCGCCGACUUCCUCACCAAAGAAGUCCUCGUCGACGACCGCCUCGUCACCAUGCAGCUCUGGGACACCGCCGGCCAAGAGCGCUUCCAGUCGCUCGGCGUCGCCUUCUACCGCGGCGCCGACUGCUGCGUGCUCGUCUACGACGUCAACAACGCAAAGUCGUUCGACACGCUCGACUCGUGGCGCGACGAGUUCCUCAUCCAGGCGAGCCCGCGCGACCCGGACUCGUUCCCCUUUGUGGUCCUCGGGAACAAGAUUGAUGUCGAGGAGAACAAGCGCAUGAUCUCGCAGAAGCGCGCAAUGACGUUCUGUCAGAGCAAGGGGGGCAUCCCGUAUUUUGAGACGUCGGCGAAGGAGGCGAUUAAUGUGGAGCAGGCGUUUGAAGUAAUCGCACGAAAUGCCCUGCAGCAGGAAGAAUCCGAGGAGUUCAGUGGCGACUUCCAGGACCCCAUCAAUAUCCACCUCGACAACGAGCAGGGCGGCUGUUCUUGUUAG